GUGAAGGCAGCAUGUUUUGUCUGUGUCGUCAUCAUUGGGAAGCAGCUUGAGACAUUCCGCUCCGAUUCAGCUGUGAGGCGGUCAGAAUGACAAAUAUUGUAGUUUUAAUGAAAACAGUACGUCAGUGAAUGCGAUGGCUUAAAGUUUAAAUGAGUAGUUUAUAAGUGUUCUCACGCGUUUUGCCGCUGACGCCCGUCGGCUUGAAUCGACGCUGACGUUAGCUUAGUCUUAGCCUUAGCCUCAGCCUCAGCCUCAGCCUCAGCCUCUGGUGUUGAUGCUGGUUUCUGGCGCUCUGAAGUCCCGCUGCUGCACGUGCGCUCAGUGUUCUGAUGUCGUCGGGAUGGAGUUCUCCAACGCCAACCUGACCUGCAGCAUCUGCCUGGAUCGAUUCCGGUUCCCAGUCACCAUCCCCUGCGGUCACACCUUCUGCCAAAAGUGCAUCACGCAGCACUGGGACACCAAAAGUAAAGCCAAUAUUAGACCUCAGUGCCCAAUGUGCAAUGAGAAGUUUGACCCCCGGCCCGUUCUCAAGCGCAAUGUGUCACUGUCGCUGUUGACUGAGGCCACAAACAACAAUGGCAGCUCAUCCGGCAGAGAGGCGCCGGCCCGGGGGGGAGAGGCGGCCCGAGCCAUACUGCUGUGUGAGCGUCAUAAGAAGCCUUUGGUUUAUUACUGCAGGCAGGACAAAAUGUCCGUGUGCUGUGAGUGCGCCAUCUCUGAGUGCGACGGCCACGACAAGGUCUUACUGGAAGCAGAGAGGGAAAAUCAAGAGCUCCUGCUGGAACGAAAGAGUAAAGAGGUGAUGAAACUCAGAGAAGAAACGGAGAAAAGUGUGAGCGAGGUGAAGGAGAAUAUCAACAAAGCUGAGGUGACCCUCCGUCAGACAUCAGCAUGGGUGAAUGCGAAAUUCUCCGCACUGAUUAAGGUUCUGAUGGAGAAGCAGGAGGCUACAGUGCACUUCAUGGAAGAGCAGACGCAAGCGACCAUCAACGAGGCGGCGAGCAGAUUAGCUGAACUUCAAGAGCAGUCACAGAAACUCGCAGAGACCCAAGGCCAAAUAGCAGCUUUGCACGACCUCCCUGAUACGGAGCUCAUCAAGGAAUCAAUGGUCGUAGCAGUUCCACAUUUUAAAGAAAUUUCAGCGGAGGUGACGCCUAACCUGCAGGAUCAAUUAAACAGUGUCACAGAUCUCUUGUCCCGCAUCUCCAAACUGGUAUUUGAGGACCUGGAGAGAGCCGUGAGCACGACAGUGGAUCAGGACAAACAAGGCUCCUCUCCACAGGACAAGCGGCCGGUUUUGGCGGUCGUUCCCAGUCCGGCUACUCCGUGCCUCCGUGGUGGGACGGAGGGUCUCAAUGCUUACAGAUGCUCUUUGACAUUUGACCCUCGCACUGCCAACGGGCACCUGUGUCUAUCUCAAGAGUUUCGCAGGGCAGAGCACCUGACCUCUGGGCCACGUCCCGUCCCCGCCCAUGAAGCACGCUUUGACCACACCUGGCAGGUGCUCUGCUUUCAGGGCUUCACGAGUGGGCAGCACUACUGGGAGCUGGAAGUGUCCAAACCCUGGGCCUACCUUGGGGUGGCCUAUGAGACCAUCCCCAGGAAGGAAAAGGGCAAGAAGUGCAUGGUGGGCAUGAACGAGCUGUCGUGGAGUCUGCAACUGGAUGAACGACAGCUGAGUGCUUGGCACAACGGCAACCGGGAUCCUGUGUCGGGCCCAACCCAGCACAGUCGCAUCGGCAUGCUCCUGGACUACGAGGCAGGGACGCUAACCUACUAUGGAGACGGGCAGACCAGGCUCCACACUUUCUACUGUGCCUUCACCCAGGAGCUGUUCCCUGCCUGCUGGAUCGGAGAAGGCGUCAGCAUCACGCUGUGCUCCUCAUGAACAUACAAACAGGAAGUGAAAAGAGCGGCGUCACCAAUACGGACCGCUUGGAAUAGAGGAUCCCCGUACUAGUUUUUGUCUUUAUACAGACUGCCUUUUUCUGACCUAAACAAAGAACCUAACAGAAUGUCGUGUUUUCACUUCCUAGUCACAUAAGUUAAAGGAAAUUCCCCUUAAAGUUGAGAAACUUGGACAAUGCAGAGUUGGACGUGACGUGUUUCGACACGUUAUUGUGUUACCUACAAAAAUCUCCCAUCUUUUCUUUCUGAUAUUUAAAAGUAUUAAGUCUAAAUCCGUUCUCACUUUCAAGGAUGUGUAUCUCGGAAGGUCACAGUUUGAAUCCUUUUCCAUACUUUGGAAUAAGGUGGCCUGGGAGGGCAUCCGUGAUGAACUGGAAUACGCCAUUGUAUUGUUGUGAUUGUGUUUUAACUGAGAUGGUAUUUUCAAGAUGUUGAAAAAUUUCUUCUUCUGCGGCAAACAUAUUUUGGUAAUCCCUUGCAUUCCCAAGGAUGCCGUGACAUCCCUAUUUUUCCAGGUGUGCCGAGGUUGUUCUAAAGUUAUGCUGGUGUCUGGUUCUCCUGUGGAUGUUUUUGCACAACUCAUUUUGUAGAAGUCUGGUGUAUUAUAGCAUCAAAUUGAGUGGACAGUCGUAUUGUUGGGUAGCUGUGAUCUUCACCGACGGGUUUGUCAGUGUUGUAGAACGUGACGUUCCUGGGAUGCACAUCUGGCAAAGUGAGAUUGGGAUUUAAACUCACCAGCAGGAAUGUCAACACUCAAUCAUGCUGGAGAUGGGUAGCAGACAAUCUGAAUGGUGCAGUAGUUAGUGUUAUUAGCUGUUUAACCGUCUGGAAAGGUUAAACCAUGUUUGUUUAGUGUUAUUUUGAUAAUGGAGCAAAAACAUUUUUUGUGUGUGUUUAGUUCAGACCCACAGAGCUCGCAAAUGGUGCGGUUCCCAAUUAAGUACACAGCAUUAGAAUUUAUGGACAACACGACCUGAGUGAGAAUCACUAUUUUCUUUCAGGUAAAAAAAAAAAAAAAAUCAUUUUAAACUCGAGUCGGAGGAUGCGUUGGUGUCGCACUUUGCUGCAUAAUGUAACACGACAGAACCGAUUCCUCUGCUUCACGUCCUGUAAUUGGGGUAUCCAUCAAUUCUGCCAAGAUCACAGCAUCAACAGCGAAGUCGAGGUCGGUAAUCGUGUCCUCGCCGAUCGGACACCUGGUCCGUCCAAGUAUUGGACAGCGUGGGAGCCAGAAAGUACUUUGAGAUUUAUUAGAGAGAGCUACAUGUAAGAAAAGUCGGGUUUGGACACAAGUUUUAUUUUUUAAGCUGUAACAGCACACUCACCCUGUAACACACACACACCCUGCACACUCAGUUUAGAUUUGAGGACAACUGCGUCCAAAUCAGGUCAACAGUAAAAUCACCACACAUUUCUUCAAUCAUUAACUGAAUUUGAAGUGAGCUGUAAGACAUGAAAUAAACUUCAGAUUUUUUAUCUGCUGACUGAUCAAUGAAAUAAUGGGGGCGGCUUUAAAGUGUGUUGUCGCCCGUUACGGCUUAUGACAGCCAGCCUUCAACAUCACCAAUUUUUAUUUUUAGAAAAGUGUAGAAUUGUUGACCUUUUGUGGCAGGAUUCCAAUUUUUAAUAUUCAUCUGUUGUGCAAAAUCAGGGUUUUUUGUUUUUGUCCUCUUGAUUAAAAAAAAAGUUUAAAAAGCGAGAAGAGAUACAAAGCAGAAAUGAGCCAUCAUCUUAGUUUGAGUUUCUGUUUCUGUGAGCACAAAGAUGAGAAUUUUAAUUUAUUUUUUGUUUAAUAUUGAGGUACUGGAGGAUGUCCAGCAUCAGGAAACUCAGAUUUGCAUCAGUUGUUAAAGUGUGCAGACAAACUACUGACUGAGAAGGGACACAUUUCAUGAUUUAUGAGGUUUUAAUGACAUUUAAACUUCAUUUUUCUUGCUG